GGUAAAUGUAGGGAAAUCAAAGAUUAUGAGAUUUAGGAAAGGAGGCGGUAGAAGGAAAAACAUAGAUUGGAGAUGGAAAGGGAAAAGGAUAGAGGAGGUGAAAGAGUUCAGCUAUUUAGGGUAUAGAGUAAAGUGCAAUGGGGGACAGGAAGCACAGGUGAAAGAGAGAGUACGGAAGGCAGGGGUAGUAAUGAGGCAGGUAUGGGGAAUAGGAAAAAGAAGGUUUGGGAGGGAUUGGGAAAAAAGGAUUUGGUUAUUUGACAGGCUAGUAUGGACGGUAAUAGAGUAUGCAUCGGAGAUAUGGGGGUGGAGGGAGUGGAGGGCGGUCGAGGCGGUACAGGAUAGAUUUUUGAGAUGGACAUUAGGAGUGGAUGGGAGAACACCGGGAUAUCUAGUAAGGGAGGAACUACAGAGGGAGAAACUAAGGAUUAGGGCAGGGAGAAGGGCAUGGAAUUUUGAAAGGAAGCUGGAGCGAGGGGAGGGUAGCGAGUUAGCUAGGAGAUGCUGGGAAGAGAUAAGGGACAAGGCAGAAGCUGGGAGGCAGGGAUCGAGGUGGGAAAGAGAAAGGGAAAGUUUCUUUGCGGAAAGGGGAGUAGAGAGUAGAGAGGUAGUCGCGAGAAGGGAGAGGGGCGAGAUGGAGUUUAGGGAAAUAGAGGAGAGAGAGAGGGAAGAACAGAGAAAAGAGAGGUGGGAGAAAAUAAGGGAAUCGAGGUACAACAGAUGGUACAGGCUAGUGAAAGGAGAAGGGAUACCAGGAUAUCUGGGAAAGGGAUGGGGAGAAAGCAGGUGGAUAAGGGUGGCAAGAUUUAGGUUAGGAAGCGAGAUGAAGGAGGCAAGGUACUGGGAAGAAGAGGAAAAGAGAAGGUGUAGGGUAUAGCGUAGAU